AAGGGAGGUAACUUUUAUUAUAUACCGAUUCCGCGAAUUCAAGAAACCGCGAUCGUGUCAGAUGAGAGAAAAACGUGAAAAUUACAACCCGUGAAAUUAAUCCCCUGUACAGUAUAUCAUUUUAUCUAAGUGCUUGCAACAAGUAUAUACUCAAUUUCUGGAUAACUCUAUACUCUAUUUAAUGGAUAACUUGAUGGAGCUAAUCCUGUUAACAAGAGAUCUAACCAUUUCGAUAUUUUUCAGGUUUCACCUCCUGCACUCUCACCAACCCAAUCUGGUUUAUAAAGACUAGGCUACAGCUAGAUCAAAAGAGAAACAAUAGGCUAACGGUAAGUGAGUGUAUCAGACAAAUCAACCAGCAACAUGGGAUCCGUGGCUUUUACAAGGGGAUCACCGCCUCCUACUACGGCAUGGCUGAGACUGUUAUCCACUUUGUGAUCUACGAGGCCAUCAAAGCACGGCUAGAGGAACAGUUUCCAGGGGUGGAACACUCUAAUGGAAAUAAUUUCCUGCGGUGCAUGGUGGCUGGUGCAACCUCUAAAACCAUUGCAACUUGUGUUGCCUACCCACAUGAGGUCGCAAGAACAAGGUUGAGAGAGGAGGGAACGAAGUAUCGCUCGUUUUUCCAGACGCUAUUAGUGGUAUACCAGGAGGAGGGGCGGGCGGGAUUAUAUAGGGGUAUCGGAACUCAACUCAUUCGUCAGAUCCCAAAUACAGCUAUUAUGAUGGCCACCUAUGAACUAGUUGUGUAUCUCUUCACAAAUUAAGUAUUAAGGAUGGUCAGCGUUCUGUGAUAACUAUCGAAUCGUCAGGAUUUCAGCCGCCGCUCUCACCAAGGGAGACGUCAUUGGCCUGUCAUCUCCUGUCUCUUAUGUGAUGUGUUCAACAUUAUCUUUGUGCCAAUCUGUGAAUCUGAGAUAGUGCUAGUCAUGUAUGAAUGGCUCGGUGAAAAUCUUGAUGCACGAAAAUAUUUGCAUGGUUCUACUGAAGAAAAGAAUAACUUUGAUUUAUAUUGUUUUUUUCUGCAGUGACAGUACAAUUAGAUUUUUUUACAAGGAAUGUGCCAUGUUAUGAAAUGUCUAUAAUUCAGGAACAUUUUGAAAUGAACCAGUUUUAAUGUAUCCUAUGUUGUGUGCAUUAGCUGUUAAUUUAAAGAAAUAUGAAAGAAAAAAUCUAAUUGCUCAGAAGGUAUACAAGUUUUGAAAAUACUUUCUAAAUGCAGUACACAUAUAAGUUUAUCAAGUGAGUAUGUCAUCUAGAAUAUGUAUUUUGCUUUCUGUAAGGCAGAAGAGAGACACUCUCUGUACAAAAAAAGUUUUAUAAUUGUUGAAUGAUUGUGACACUACAAGUACAACAUAUGUCAAGAAUUGCUUGCUCAGGAAUAUUUAUACCUGUAUCAAUUUAUGAAGUGUGGAAUUAAGAUAACUUGGUGACAAUGCCCAGUAAACUUUCUUUUGUUAUUUUACAUCAAGUUUAAAAAUGUUUGUUCCUAUUAAAUUAUGAAGAAAAAAAU